CGUCGUUCGUCCACUACUGAUCCUAAGUUAUGGCCUUUAAUCAUUCGGUGUCGUGACUUUAAAACUUAUUCAUUCUUCAUACCAUUCGAACAAGACUCGAUUGAUGUUUUUGACACAAUACAAAAAUUAACAUGUAUUGAAUCCAUUAGUCAGGUCUAUGCUUUCGAUUAUAUACCUGAAAAAGAUUUUUCUUCUUCGGAUGGUUGGUCUGUUUACGAUGUGUAUCAAGAAUAUAUUGUACCUGCCAAAAUUAGCGAUACUGUUCUACACCAUGCUUCAAAAUUCAGAAGUAAAAAUCGUAUACCUGUUCUAAGUUAUUUACAUUGGCAUAAUAAGGCAUCCAUAACUCGUUGCAGUCAACCAAUGGUUGGACUCAAAAAAAAUCGUUCAAUACAAGAUGAAAAACUUAUUGAAGCUAUUUUUCGGACUAAUGUACCUAGUUUACCUCCUGGACUACUAUCAGUAUAUGGUUCAACACAGACAAAUUUAAUCGUUGAUGCUCGACCUACAGCUAAUGCUAUAGCAAACGCUGCAAUGGGUGCGGGUUCGGAAAAUAUGGAACACUAUAAAAAUUGUGAAAGAAAAUUUAUGGGUAUUGAUAACAUCCAUGUAAUGAGAGAAAGCUUAGGAAAAAUGUCUUGUCUAAUUAUCAUCAAAAAUGUACAUAUUGCUAGUUCUCAUGUACUUAUUCAUUGUUCAGAUGGUUGGGAUCGUACGACACAAUUGACAUCAAUCUCUAUACUUUGCUUGGAUCCAUAUUAUCGUACUUUCAGAGGAUUUCAAGUUCUGGUGGAAAAAGAAUGGGUAUCCUUUGGUCAUAAAUUCUCCGAUCGUUCUGGUCACCUUUCUGAUGAAAAGUAUUUCAUUAAUAGUGUUAAUGCAAAUGCUGCGAACACAGCUUUCAAUACUGUACAAAGCAAGUUUUAUAAUCAAUCUCAUGUUCGAGAAAUUUCUCCUGUGUUUCAACAAUUUUUGGACUGUGUAUUUCAAAUCUUAUCGCAAUUUCCUACAAGAUUUGAAUUUAAUGAAAAGUUUUUGAUCGAAUUGCAUUAUCAUUGUUAUUCAUGUCAAUUCGGGACAUUUUUAUGCAAUUCGGAAAAAGAAAGAAUGGAUUAUAAAGUCACUACUAAAACUUAUUCUGUUUGGGAUUAUUUCAAUUCCAAUAAAAGUGUAUUUCUUAACCCUUUAUAUGAUGGUGGAGCUGAAGAUAAG